AUGGCCAGAUUUCUUGGAAACAAUAGUCUGUCUGGACCUCUUCCAAGCCAAAAGAGCAAUCAACUUCAGAGUAUAGAUUUGUCUUACAACUAUUUCUCAGGAAGCUUUCCCCGAUGGGUAACCACAAUAUCGCAACUUCUUCCUGGAUUGAAUUGCCUCCCGAGGAAUUUUCCAUGCCAUCAAGGUACCCCACGAUAUGCAAACUUCUCAAUCAAGUGUGGAGGACCACAAAUGAGAGGAAAUGAUGGCAUAUUGUAUAAGGCUGAAGACUCAGCUCUUGGCCCAGCAACAUUUAAUGUAACCAGUACACAGAAAUGGGCUGUUAGCAAUGCGGGUUUUUCUGAUAAUUUGAAUCAAUCAUUUGUGGAAACCACCCUUACGCAAGUCUCCGGUGCAGAUUUGACACCAGAGCUUUACAAGACUUCAAGAGUGUCCCCAGGUUCACUGAGAUACUAUGACCUGGGUCUUCAAAAUGGACCUUAUACUGUCUCAUUGCAAUUUGCAGAAACGGUUUUUGCUAGCCGCGAUACACAAACGUCACAAAGUCCAGGAAGGCGUGUAUUUGAUAUCGAUAUUCUAGGGUACCUCAGAAGGAAGGACUUCGACAUAUCGAAGCAGGCAGGUGGGGUUAACAGAGCAGUUCCAAGACCCUUCAAGGUUAAUGUGACAGAGAAUUACCUGGAUAUUCAUCUGUUCUGGGCUGGUAAGGGAAUAUGUUGCAUACCUGAACAAGAUCUUACACCAACUACUCCAGGAAAGAAGAGCAGGACUGGGUUGAUAGUUGGUAUUGCAGUCCCUGUCGGAGUAGGUACACUUUCUGAUGGGUGGGUAGUGGCUGUUAAGCAACUUUCAGUAGCAUCUCACCAAGGGAAGAGUCAAUUUGUUACCGAGAUUGCUACAAUAUCUGCAGUCCAACAUCGCAAUCUAGUGAAAUUGUAUGGAUGCUGCUUUGAAGGAAGCCACCGCAUUUUGGUUUAUGAGUAUCUUGAAAACAAGAGCCUUGAUCAUGCACUUUUUGGAAGAAAUUACUUGCACCUUAACUGGCCUACCCGCUUCAAUAUAUUGUUGGGAACAGCAAGAGGACUUGCUUACCUUCAUGAGGAGUCAAUGCCCAGAAUUAUACAUCGAGAUGUCAAUUUUGCAGUGCUAUAUGCACUACCCUAUGUACCUCCUCGGAUGUUGACAGACCCCGUACGUGGCCGGGUGCGUCCCGACAUAUGA